CCACACUGUGUUAGUCUCGUCCCGCCAUUCCUCGCCUAUCUGUGCACCACUCUCUAGGUCCCAUAGUCGGAGUGAGCCGUCCGACGAACCUGUGAUGAUGUGUCGUCCGUCAGGCAAGCGCGCAACACCAUUUACCCAGUUGGUAUGGCCUCGCAUCGUCUGGCGUGGCAUGAUUGCUGGCGUCUUACUGAUGGAGGACGACAUGGUCCGUGCUUGCAGUCUCAACUAUGGCAGAUUGUGGACUGUGUAUACGAGAAAAGUCCGCCGGAAUCUUGGACUCAGACCAGGUUAUCUGGUAGCAGCAAUGAUUUCUGGUGCGUCCAGGGGAUUAUCUUCUUUCAAUUCAAUACUUGUCAGAAUCACACAAGCCAUGGCUCACGACACAGCAUGCUCACGGGAUCCAAUCCUUAUGCGCAAGACAAGUAACGUAUGCAGGUGCUACGAAAUUCGAGAAUAUGCCAGAGAUCUUUGUGGGUAUCUGAAGUCGUGGUGCUCAAUUUCCAGAGAUCAAUGGGUGUCUGGUUGGGAGUUGAGGAAGUUGAGGAAGUUGCGCAGUCGUUCGUUCAUGCUGUUUUUAAAGUUGUGUCCCAUGCGUCAUCCUCGUGUUCGCUUCACAGCAAUGAACUUACUGCAUAGCGCCAGCGCUCAGGUCUGCGACCGGCGCUAUGUGCAACUUCUUAUUCAUAUGGACUAUAUUUAUGCCUCUAACAAUCAUUCGACAGCAUCCCACACUCCUCCACUCUGCACGUUCUUCCGGCCUAUGUUCGAACUUCAGCACACACGGGACGUUCCAAUCAUAACAAUGUCAUAUUAACUGGUAUGAAACGGUGUGGCAAGUUGAUAGAUAAGCGAUCGUACAUGUCAAGGGUAGUCGUCCAAAU